AUUUUGGAAAAAUGGCAAAACCCAGAUUGAUUCAGGUAAGAUUAGGAUCAUCAGCUGCUCAUCCUCAACUGCCAACCAACAGUCAACUACCAAAUCUUGAUCCACUCGUACAUUACUGCUCCCUUUUAAGUGUUUCCAAAACUUCACUCAGCUUCAUUUCUCUUAGUUCACUGUGUGCUUCUCACACCAUUCCCAAUAACUUGCUAGUGUUCUCUUUUCUGGGUCCACUAGCUCUCCUCAGCUUCUAAAAAGUUCUGAGGAUUGAAUCAUGGCUGAGGAGCUGGAUAAACCAUUGCUGGAUCCAGAGAACUUCAAUCGAGAGGGAAUUGAUUUGGAACGCUUGCCACUGGAAGAAGUUUUCAAACAGUUGAAAACUUCGAGGGGAGGACUUUCAACUGAGGAUGCUGAAGUAAGAUUGCAGAUUUUUGGCCCAAACAAACUUGAAGAGAAGCCAGAGAACAAGUUUCUGAAGUUCCUGAGUUUUAUGUGGAAUCCCUUAUCAUGGGUUAUGGAAGCUGCAGCAAUAAUGGCAAUUGUCCUUGCUAAUGGUGGAGGAGAAGGUCCUGACUGGCAGGAUUUUGUGGGGAUCAUUUGCCUACUGUUAAUAAAUUCAACAAUUAGUUUUAUAGAAGAAAAUAAUGCUGGGAAUGCUGCAGCUGCACUUAUGGCUCGCUUGGCUCCCAAAACAAAGGUCCUCAGAGAUGGACAGUGGCAAGAGGAAGAUGCAGCAAUUUUAGUACCAGGAGAUAUAGUUAGCAUUAAGCUUGGAGAUAUCAUCCCUGCAGAUGCUCGACUGCUCGAAGGAGAUCCACUAAAAAUUGAUCAGUCAGCUCUUACUGGAGAAUCUCUCCCUGCCACCAAGAGGACAGGUGAUGAAGUAUUUUCUGGUUCAAUAUGCAAGCAUGGUGAAAUUGAAGCUGUGGUUAUAGCAACUGGAGUUAACACCUUCUUUGGAAAAGCAGCACAUCUGGUUGAUUCCACUGAAGUUGUUGGACAUUUUCAGAAGGUCCUUACCUCCAUUGGGAAUUUUUGUAUUUGCUCUAUAGCUGUGGGAAUGAUUCUUGAAAUCAUUGUCAUGUUCCCAAUUCAGCACCGAUCAUACAGAGAUGGAAUCAACAAUCUCCUUGUUCUCUUGAUUGGAGGAAUACCUAUAGCUAUGCCAACAGUGUUGUCUGUUACGCUUGCAGUUGGUUCUCACCGCCUAUCUCAGCAGGGUGCCAUUACAAAGAGGAUGACUGCAAUUGAAGAAAUGGCAGGAAUGGAUGUUCUCUGCAGUGACAAAACUGGAACUCUCACCUUGAAUCGCCUUACAGUUGAUCGCAACCUUAUCGAGGUUUUUAACAAGGAUAUGGACAGAGAAAUGAUUGUGUUGCUUGCAGCCAGAGCAUCCAGACUGGAGAAUCAGGAUGCUAUUGAUGCAGCUAUAGUUAACAUGCUUGCUGAUCCAAAGGAGGCACGUGCAAACAUCAAAGAAGUGCAUUUUCUGCCCUUCAAUCCGGUGGACAAACGUACUGCAAUUACAUACAUUGACUCUGAUGGUAACUGGUAUCGUGCCAGCAAAGGAGCUCCUGAACAGAUACUAAAUCUGUGCCAAGGGAAGGAUCAGAUUGCUGGAAAAGUCCAUACCAUCAUUGACAAAUUUGCUGAAAGAGGCUUGCGAUCUCUUGGAGUUGCAUUUCAGGAAGUACCUGAGAAGAAUAAGGAUAGUCCUGGAGGUCCUUGGACAUUUUGUGGGUUGUUGGCCUUGUUUGAUCCUCCUAGACAUGACAGUGCUGAGACCAUCCGUAGAGCACUUAACCUUGGAGUUUGUGUUAAGAUGAUUACAGGUGAUCAGCUGGCAAUUGCAAAGGAGACAGGAAGAAGACUUGGAAUGGGAACAAACAUGUACCCCUCUUCAUCACUUCUGGGUAGAGACAAGGAUGAAAAUGAAGCUGUUCCAGUGGAUGAGCUCAUUGAGAAGGCAGAUGGCUUUGCUGGUGUAUUCCCAGAACACAAAUAUGAGAUCGUAAAAAUCCUACAAGAAAAGCAGCAUGUGGUUGGGAUGACUGGAGAUGGAGUAAAUGAUGCUCCUGCCUUAAAGAAAGCAGAUAUUGGUAUAGCAGUGGCAGAUUCUACAGAUGCUGCAAGAAGUGCUGCAGAUUUGGUGUUAACUGAGCCUGGUUUAAGUGUGAUUGUCAGUGCUGUCUUAACUAGCAGAGCUAUAUUCCAGAGAAUGAAGAACUACACGAUAUAUGCCGUCUCCAUUACCAUUCGUAUUGUGCUUGGUUUUGUGCUUCUUGCCUUGAUAUGGGAAUAUGACUUCCCACCUUUUAUGGUUUUGAUCAUAGCAAUACUCAAUGAUGGGACUAUAAUGACUAUUUCCAAGGAUCGGGUUAAGCCAUCUCCAAGGCCAGACAGUUGGAAGCUCCCAGAGAUAUUUGCCACUGGUAUUGUCAUUGGGACAUACCUAGCUUUGGUCACUGUCCUGUUUUAUUGGGUUGUGAUUAGCACUAAUUUCUUUGAGAGGACCUUCCAUGUAAGAUCUCUGUCAAGCAAUACUGAAGAAGUUUCCUCUGCUAUAUAUCUGCAAGUCAGCAUCAUCAGCCAGGCUCUCAUAUUUGUUACACGUAGUCAAAGUUGGUCGUUUAUGGAGAGGCCUGGCGUUCUCUUGAUGUGUGCAUUUGUGGUGGCUCAACUGGUGGCUACCUUGAUUGCUGUAUAUGCACAUAUUAGCUUUGCUUAUAUUAGAGGCAUUGGAUGGGGAUGGGCUGGUGUUAUUUGGUUAUAUAGUUUGAUCUUCUACAUUCCUCUGGAUAUUAUCAAGUUUACCGUUCGUUACGCUUUGAGUGGAGAAGCAUGGAAUCUCUUAUUUGACAGAAAGACAGCUUUUAGUUCAAAGAAAGAUUAUGGAAAGGAAGAUAGAGCAGCCAAGUGGAUAAUGUCGCAGAGGAGUCUACAGGGGUUGAUGGCUGCAGAUCUGGAGUUCAAUGGCUGGCGAUCCUCUUUGAUUUCUGAACAAGCCAAGCGGCGAGCUGAAAUAGCCAGGCUUAGGGAGAUUCAUACGUUGAGAGGACAUAUGGAAUCAGUAGCAAGGCUUAAGAAUCUGGACUCGAAUGUGAUCCAAUCAUCUUAUACAGUUUGAAAACUUGGCAGCAGCUGCUGCUUCCAUGAUCAAUUCCAAGCAUAAUCUGCAAAAAGAAUUGAACUUUGUUAUACAAAAGUCAUUUGGAAUGGCACCAGCGAUUCAUUUAGAACUUCGAUGGAAUUUUUUUGAGUUCCUGAGAGUUUGAAUAGAAAAGAUAAUUGAUGUUGAACUUUUUAAAUUCUUAUUGUUGUGGCAAGGAUUUCAUGUAAUGAUUUGUUAGAUUAAAAAAAAAAUACUUC